AUGAUCAUUGAAAUUAGAAUUCCAAUUUCAGUUAAUGGUCUUCGGAUCUCAAUUUCAGACAUCCAAAAAUAUUCCCAAGUUACGGAUCUCAUUAAGUCUAUUCGUAGACCUCUUCCACCUGAACAAGGUGAUGGUGUAUUAGAUGAACCUCUCACUAGUUCAGAGUUAACAGCAACCUCAUCAAGGAUAUCGAAGCCUUGGGACUCAAAGAAUCCGUCGAAGAUAUCGUUUUUACCAUCAAAUUGCUCGCCUUAG